AUAUGUCACAUGACCUGUCAAAAUGGCGUUGGACUUGCGUUUAAAGAAAAUCAACAAAGUUUACAGAGAGGGGGACCUCGUGUCUGGAGUGGUGGUGGUGGAGAGCAGAAGCGAUCUGCAACAUCAAGGUAUCCUCCUUGCGAUGGAGGGGGCUGUCACUCUACAGCUCAGCGCCAAAAGUGUUGGUUUGUUUGAAGCCUUUUACAACUCUCUGAAGCCCAUCCAAUUGGUAAACUAUACACUAGAGAUUGCCAAGCCUGGUCGCCUUCCUUCAGGAAAAACAGAGAUCCCUUUUGAGAUUCCACUGAAAGCCAAGGGAAAUAAAACUCUGUAUGAGACCUAUCAUGGAGUUUUUGUUAACAUACAGUAUACGCUCAAAGCUGACAUGAAGAGGUCACUGCUGAACAAAGAUCUACAAAAAACAUGUGAAUUCAUUGUUGAGUAUAAGAAUCAAGAUGAAAAACCCAAGUUGAAACCAGUGAACUUCACAAUUACACCAGAAACUCUAACCAAUGUGAAAGAGAAACAAAAUGUGCCCAAGUUCAAAGUGCGAGGAAAAUUAGAGACAUCAACAUUAUGUAUCACAACACCUUUGAAAGGGGAGUUGAUGGUUGACAGCUGUGAGUCUCAAAUCAAAUCUAUAGAGAUACAGUUGGUACGAGUGGAGACCUGUGGGUGUGCAGAAGGAUACGCCAAGGAUGCCACGGAAAUACAGAACAUACAGAUAGCAGAUGGAGAUGUGUGUCGUGGUAUAGCGAUCCCCAUACACAUGGUCUUCCCACGACUGUUCACCUGCCCUACAUUAUCUACAAACAACUUUAAAGUUGAGUUUGAAAUCAACAUUGUUAUUGUAUUCCAUGAUGACCACCUUGUGACAGAGAAUUUCCCAAUUAAGCUGACGAGAUUUUAGAGACCAAGACUCAUUGAGAAUGUGUGACAAGUGGUGCCAGUAUGAAUGUGUAUUAGUGAUGAUGAAGACUUUUAUAGUGAGAGUUUACAUUACCAAUGAUAAAAAAGACUUUUUAAAGCAGGAACAUUUUCAGUAAAUGUUGAGUCUUCCAUUCUGUUAUAAAACUUUUUUAUGACAAGAGUUAUUUCCCUUGAAGAAGAUGGAAAUUAUAGAUUUUUCUAUGAAAAAAAAAGGAUUGUUUCUGCAAAAGAAAGGGAAACAGAACAAUUAUUUUUGAAGGAUGGACAUUGUUCAAGAGCGUAAGUUCAUAGACAUGUUCAUAGACACCUAGUGUUAAAUGAGUUUGUGCCAUGGACGAGACAUGUAUGGUGCUAGUGAAUUCUGAGUAGAAUUAGAUUUUUAGAAGAAAUCAGAUUUGAAAAAAUGUUAGCAUAUGAGCAUAUAAUCACAGAUACCAGAAUUUAAGUUUCAGUGCUUGGUCUACUCUCAUGAAUUUUCCUGAAGGUGAUCUGAAAUAGGUGCUCUUUAAAAGGAUAUAAUUAAUUUUUCUUUGUUUUCAUGGUAAAUACUCAAAUGUGAUUGGUCGAAAAAUUCUUUUCAUUCUUCUAUGAAAGAAAUUCCGAGAAUGGCGC